AGGUCUCCGUUAACUUAUGCGUCCCGGUUACAAGGAGAGAAAAACGUUCGGGGCCAUUAUUCGAGCGGUGGUCACCGUUUAUUACGUGGGAUACGUUUCAAUGGGAGCAGAUGGGGAAAAUUGUCCUUAAUUAGCGCUGCGGCCGGUAAUUGCCGGCAAUUCGAGUGAUUGCGCGUUCGACGGUGAAACGACGUUAUCCCCGGGGCGAAAUCGGAUGUCGUCGCGAUUUUAACCCGAAAGACAAACAGUGGGCCAGCGCGGAGAGAGGAUCGUACGGUGCAUAAAUCUUCCGGGUCGUAGCGAUUAAUUACGGCAGGAAGCGGGACCCUGUAAUUAGAUCCUCUCCUCGAUGGCCUGCUCUCAGUGUUCACGACAAUCCCUGCUCCGAAACCGACUGCACGACCGGCGGAAUCGUGAUCAAGCUCGAUUUACACGCGUUUCGAAACCUCGUCCCGUCGCGUGGCACCAAAUCCGCACCGUUUCGCCUUCACGUGACGCGAAAGCAACGAAUUCGCGCUUACAUGACUUUUUUCCCUCAAACGGCUAGGAUAAUCGCGUGACUUUUCUGACGUUUUAACCAGGCAAAGAGGGUGGAAAAUAUGGGUUUACGUUAUUCGAUUGGCGGAAGCCCUAAGCACGAAUCUGAGACACCUAAAGAAGCGUAAAACCUGAUUUUCUCGAGUAGGAAAGACGAAUUUUCGCCACUUAUGAUACUCGAGACAAAACAAACCUCAUUAAUGUAUCUCCUAUCACUAAGGGAGAAUAAUUUGAAAUCUCGUUGAAUAAUAGGAAAAACUAAACAUUAAAACGAAUUGGUUUUUAAGACUGGCGUGAAUCCAUAUCUUUGGCCAAUUUAGUGGGUAACAUUGGCAUUCCGUCUGCCCCUUAAUUAGUCAUCGAAUGAAACGAGCAUCGAACAGGAAAUGUAAUUUACAUACGAAGUCAAUUAAUUUAAGUACGUGUACUGAUUCGCACGCUGUUGUCUGAAUAUAAAAUGUUAAUUAAAGAUCGUGUACAGUCCACGUUCAGAACGGAACAGAACGAUUGAGAUCGAAGCCCUCAAACGAGGACAGCUGCAAUAUCAAUUAAACAACGAAUGAAAUAAAAUUGUGGAAGCACAGAAAUAAUUGAUAACUAAAUAUGAACUUGAUGAAGCAAUUAAAUGAUAAGAGAACACUACAUGAGAAGCGCGUGCUCCUAAUCGGAUGCAGCGGUAACAUGUUCGGACGUGGCGCCACGCGUGGAAGCGGUGGUUUCCGGCAGAACACACCAGCGUGUCGUUUGUAACCAUUCCUGUGCUGCGGCUGCUGCCCCACUACGGUACCGCAACGUUACGGCGCAGGCGAACGACACAAGUGGAAGGCCGGCUUUAAGCAACGGUAACAAAUGCAGACGCACCUUAAAGGCGGCCAUGACGAGGACACAGUGUUACGACGACACGGAACAGGGCAAGUGACGAAGAACGUGCAAGUAUCGGACGUCUCGUUAUAAGUUACAAAAGCAUUCGCAGUUUUUAUUGUUGAAAAGUGGAGACCGGAAGUGUCGGUAGCGAGCGGGGGAUUAGUAAAAUGGAGAGGAAGCAGGUUCUGCGUCUUAUUGAGCUGUAUCGUCAACAGACUCUAUUAUGGGAUCCGAAGUACCGAGAUUGUCGCUAUAAAGAGCGCAAGGACGAGGCCUGGGCAACCAUCGGCCGCCAAAUGGACAUGCACCCGAUCGACUGUCAGCGAAAGAUGGAAAAUUUAAAAUCAUCUCUCAGAAGGGAGACGAUGAAAAUACGAAGAAGCAAAGGGAGGGGAUCUGAAGAUGUUUACGAGAGUCGAUGGUUCGGGUUUGAGCCGUUGCAAUUUUUGCUGAGAAAAUACAAGCCUUACUCACAAUCAGAUAGAAGAAGCGAGGACGACGAAGCGGAAGUGGAACCGACUAUUUUCGUGAACGUAAACGACGAAGAAAACGAAAAUUCAAUUUCGUCCGCGUCUUUGCCCGCGCAUCCGACUGCGUUCGAAAUCCAUACUUUCCCGGACAGCGAAGGAGGUGGUACUACUUUGACUCCAUUGCCGAAAUGCCCACCACGGAAGAAAAUUAAACUGGACUGCGAGAAAUUAAACGAACCAUCGGAUCAAAUUCCGCAUGGUUCGACGAGGCGAACGGACGAUCAUAAUUACCAUUUCGGUAAUUUAGUGGCGUCCAAAUUAAGUCAUUUCUCGGAAGAGGUGCAAUACGCUCUGCAAGCCGACAUCAUGAAUUUAUUCCUCAAAGCGAAGCAGGGUUAUUACGACAAAAAUCUAUAAUUACGAUAAAAUUCUGAGCAUGUCUCAAUAUCUAAAUAAUAAACGACUAUCAAAUAUAUAUUUAUAUAAAAAAUUGUAAUUAUAAUAAAUAUUUUUGCUGUUCAAAUAAAUGGUUUAUUCUAUACAUUCCCUACCAAAAGAAACCCGCAUAUCAUUAUCGAAUACUGUGACAAAUUGUUAGGGACACGAGUUGACAUUAACAAUUGGCAUCCGGUGGGACGUGCAAAAUCUCAGAAUUUCUUUUUU